CUUGUUGGUUAUCGGAGAGAAACAAAAUCGGCUUCAUUAAUCUAAAAUAGCUCUAGAGAGUUCUCAGGCUUGACGAUCUGUAACUAUGGCGGCAGAGCAGAAGGCGACGACUGAAGAAGUAAAGAUGGAUCUGUUCGAGGACGACGAUGAGUUCGAGGAGUUUGAAAUUAACGAAGAUUGGGUUGAGAAAGAGGAAGUGAAGGAAGUAGGCCAGCAGUGGGAAGAUGACUGGGAUGAUGAUGAUGUCAAUGACGACUUCUCGCUUCAGUUGAGGAAGGAACUCGAGUCUGAUAAGAAAUGAAUGAGCAGCUCUCAAGAUUAAGAUUGUUAUUUUGAAUUGCAUCCUUUGUUUUAAUUGUUGCUUCUACUUUACAACCCUUUGCACAUUUUUACUCUUGGAUGCAAAUUCCUCCCUAUCUUUUAAGAUGAUGAAUCUUAUGAGCUAAAUAGA